GGAGCACUAGUGAAUGAGAGGUUUAAAGGAAGUCUGAUCAGCUCGGCGUGUCACUCUAACUCAUUUCAUUGAUUUUACCAGCUGGGAUUGUGAAUACAUAUGGCUGGAAUUCAGGGAUUACCCAAGUGGGAGAGAAAAAUGCGCAUAUUUCUGUGCGCUCUAGGUUUGGUUUUGUCAGUUUAUGCGCUUCACGUCGAGCUGUCUCAUGAGAGGAACCCAGAGUACAGAGCGAUGUGUGACCUGGGGGAGUCUGUGAGCUGCUCCAAAGUUUUUAGCUCCAGAUGGGGACGUGGUUUUGGUUUGGUCCAGUUUUUUGUUGCCAAAGAUAGUCCUCUGAACCAGCCCAACAGUGUGCUUGGCAUCAUAUUCUACACUUUGCAGCUGGGCCUUGGACUGUCACUGUCCAAGAGAGCUGCCAUGUUUUUGGUUUUCUCCUCUUGGGUGUCUAUAGCCGGCUCGCUCUACCUCGCAUCGAUUCUCGCCUUUGUUCUGGGUGAUUUUUGCAUGGUCUGCGUGUCAACAUACAUCGUCAACUUUGCGUUACUCUUCACCAACGUGAAACGAAAGAGCUCAAUUGAAGGAAUGAAAGAAAAGGCCGGAUAGAAAACAUUACUUGUGAAAUUCAACACCUUUUUUUUCUGCUGACCUGAAGCUCACACUGGAUCUGAAAGCCAAUUCUCUCCCACGUUGUGUCUGUGUUGUUAACACCUGUUGAGAUAUUUUAGAGAAACAGGACUGGAGAGGAAUAGAAGACAGAAGAUCAUUUUCAGUAUAGAAACAUAAUAAAGCAGCAGUCAUUUCUGUACAUCAUUGUGCGUUUGAUUACACAUUUCAGAAUACUAUCAACUCACUGAUGUGAUUUGUGUGUGGCUGGUGAAUUCAAUAGAAGUCCUAAAAAAUGAUAUAAUCUACAGUCAAUUACUAUGAAUUAGGAGAUUAAUGUAGUUUGAGCCUUGCAGAUAGUUGAUCUAUCCAGUAGAUGGUGCUAAAUACCCAGGAUUAUCAUGUACUACAGUUUUUACAUUACGUUUAUGUCUGGCUGAAAAAUGGGGCUGGAAUUCUAGUUUAUUUACUUAACCCUUUAACUGAAUCUUUUCUUCUAUUAUAUAUUAUGUAAGUCUUGAGGAGGAGUUCUGCAUUUUUGUCUUCCCAUUGUUUAAGAUGAAACAAUUGACCUGGUGUGUAACUGUAACAAUAUCACAAGUUCCCUCAUUCACAUUUUGGAGGCUGCAGAUUUUCCACAAGAGGGAAUUGUUUCAACACAUGUUAGGAGGACGGAGGUCAAUAUACAGCAGAUUCUGAUUUGUCUUUACAGGUUUAAAAUGUCCUUUGUCCUUGUAUACUAAUCACCUUAUCCAACUGAGUCCCACUGGUUUUACACAAGACCAAUGUUAUCAUAUCAUAUAGUUAAACCAUGCAGUGUUUUGUGCAUUGAAUCACUAAUGAAUUUCAGGCCCAGUUAAUGAACACUAGAUGGAAAGCUGGUGCUGUAUGACAAGCACAAAGAGGAGGAGAAAGGAUGUAAAGAUGAAAGUAGUGGGCCUAUUCUGUGAGAAGAAAAUAUGUAAAAUAAAGAUAUAAAAAAGCA